AUGGAUGUCCUGCUGCUGUCACGUUUUCAAGACGAAGAUGCGGCAUGCCGUGUUCUGCAGCUCACAGAGGAACUCAUCCCCUUCGGCGUCACAGCGGCCAAGCUGCGAGAUGUCCUGCGAGGCAAACGUCUGCAGGGCUCCAAGGCCAUUCAAACUGCUGCAGGCAACGUCGCUGACAAAGGCAUGUUGAAGGCCUGGAACCAGUCGCAGGUCGACGAGCUGAUCCAGCUGAUGGUGCAGCAAAAGGUGCUGCGUGAGGAAAAGGAAAAGGUUGGAGGCCAAAAAGGAGCUGGCAAAGGAAAAGGUUGGAAGGCGCCAAAAAGAUUGCGAGAAGCGGCCAAUGCUGCCAAGCUGCGCAAUGGGGACCUCACUCUGUUGAUGUCCAACUGUCCCAAAGCUUCAGCUCCUGAAGCCACAGAGGAUUUAGGGACCCCACCUGCGACGGAGAGUGGGGAGGCGCAAGAUCCCGCCAGUCCAGCCCCCAAGCGCAAACGGCUCCGGAAGGUGAAAGAUGUGCCCAUGGAGAGCGAGGCCGCGGCUCCGAUUGUGGAGGAUUUGGACCAGCAACUUGUGGCGUGCGAGGUGCCAGAUCCUGAAGAUCCAGCGGCGGAGCAGGAGAGUGGUCCGAAAGAUGAGAAAGUCCCGGACUCCAAGCGAUUUCAAUCGCUCUUCGGGGCAAGCCGAAAGUCGACCAACAGACAGUCCAAGGCCAAGGCCACAAGACGUAGAUCCAGUUUGAACAAGCAGGAUGAGGACAAGGAGGAAGAAGGCUGGCCACCUGUUCCCUCUGAUAGUAGUGGGGAUGAGCUGGUGUGGAUUGGAGGCGGCCAACGUCCAUCGCCCGUGCGGCGACAUCGCCCAAGUGCCGCAUGUCCGGAGCCGCCUCGUGAACCGCUGGAGCCCUUGCAGCAAGAACCUGUGCAGGCCACAUCGCCCGGCCGCCGGCUGCCGUGGCAGUCCAACGCAGUCCCAUCUCAGCCGCUCCUGCAACAAGCACCAGAGCUGCCUCAGACGUCUGAACCGCAGGCCACAUCGCCGGGCCGCCGGCUGCCGUGGCAGUCCAACGCAGUCCCAUCUCAGCCGCCCCUGCAACAAGCACCAGAGCUGCCUCAGACAUCUGAACCGCAGGCCACAUCGCCGGGCCGCCGGCUGCCGUGGCAGUCCAACGUGGCCCCGGCUCCGCCUCCAAUGUCGGCUCCGCCUGGGGGUCCUUCGGGUCCUUCGCGCGCGGCCAGACGCAAUCAGCUGAGAGUCUCGACGUAGCAGGGACGGACGCACUGGAUGAUACGGCCUAGCUGGGCAUGGGAAGUCUGCAUUGGUAGCCGCUUGUGUGAAACACAUACCAGAGCGGACCGUACCUGCAAAGCGAUUUAGUGCUGUCCACAACAUAGUUUCUUAGCUGAAGUCAUCGUUGAAGAUCAGUUGGGUUCUUGGUUUCAACCUUUCCAUUUGACUUCGUUCUU